AUGCCGGCGGCGGUCAGGCAGCGAAAUCACGGCUCGCCGUUGCCGUCGCACAAACGUCGUCGUCCGUUCUGGAAUCCAUUCGACCUGCAACUGCUGAUCUCCAUUGAUUAG